AUGGAACAAGGAAGAAACAAAGUGUUUAUAAAUCCUAAUUUUAAUAAGAGACCAAGUAACAGUGUUCCUGUGGGGAAUGUGCCUGUAAUGCAUGUUAAUCCAAACUUCUAUCAACACUUACAAAAUGUGCAUCCAUUGCCUAAGCCGAAAAUUUAUAUUAAUCCUAACUUUGUUAGACCAAAUGGAACCAACAAUCACCAAAUCCAGCAUGUUAAUACUCCACACUCUUAUGUGAAGCCAAGCCCCCUCAUGGACAGUAGUAACACAUUGAUUGCAACAGGUGCUGCACCCGUUAGACAUACAUCUCAGAGCUCAGUUCAAAACAAUAUAGCAAAUCCUAAUUUUGGUAGACCCAAUAGAGUGGACCAACCAGUUCUGUCUGCAAAUAACAAUAAUAGUCAUUACAUUACAAAUAGUUAUAUUAAGCCAAGCCCACUAGUAGAUAGCAGUUACACAUUGACUGCAAGCUCCAUUCAAACCAGUUUAGUUCCACAACAACCCUACAAGACCAACUCUCGAUAUUCAUUCGUGAGGUUAAGGAAACCUGAGGAGCCAUUAAAUAAUAUUAUCAAACCACAAACAAGUACAAUAAAAAUUAGCAAAUAUAAAUCAAUCAAACUUACUGAUGUAAAAAAGAACCUUGACUCUGUAAAACCAGAUGUAAAAAUAACACCUUUUAAAGUUUCUAACAAUCAUAAGUGUUUGAUAAGGACUAUCAACAACCAUAAAGUUAUUUCCAAAACCCCCGCCAAAAAUGCAAAUAGGUAUAAACUUGUCCGAUCCACACUCGGUAUAGGCAAGCCGCAGUUCAAGAGGCAGACAUCCAGUACGGCUAAGAAAAUAAUAAGCAGUCGAACAAGAAUCAAAGCUGCUGGUGAGUACAAGAAAAACAAUAUUCCAUGCCCACAGUUCCGCAAAUAUGGAAAAUGCCUACGUAAAUCAUACGGAAAAUGCGAGUUUCUUCAUGAUAAAAAGCAUGUGUCAAUAUGCAGGAAAUUUCUUAAUGGUGUGUGCCAUAACAACGAUUGCUUACUGUCACAUGAACUCUCUGAUAAAAAAAUGCCGACUUGCUACUUUUAUCUAAAAGGAAUGUGUACCAAAGAUGGUUGUCCUUAUCUUCACGUUAAAUUGAAUGAAAAAGCCAAAAUUUGCCUUGAUUUUAUGAGAGGCUAUUGUGAAAAGGGUGACAAAUGUUUGAAUAGACAUGUUGCUAAAAGUUUAAACAUAGAUAAAAAUCGAAAACUUAUUUUGAAGAAACUGACACAACAAAAGUUAAUUAAAUAUAAACUUGAAAAGAGUAAGGUAAAAAGUAAUACAAGCAGCACGCAAAAAAGGAAAAGUAAAGUCCACUUGAACCAACAGUCUUCCCAAGAAAAUAAUGAUCAUGCUAAUAGAUAUUAUAAAGAAUCAGUUACAGAACCAAAUAGUAGCGAAAAUUUGGAAAUUAAACCAACGAGGUGUAAAUUGGGCACCUUACCAUCCUUCAUACAAUUGUAGUAAAGUAAUCACAUUUUAAUUUGGAGA